CCAGUAUCCAAGACCAUGACCCCAUGGAAGGGACCUCAGCAGCUGCAAAUUUAUCAAGCCUCCCUCCUCCGUCACGAAGGCUAUCUCAGAUAAGGCGGCGUAGAAAGAGGACAAGAGAUGACAUGUUCACUGAAAUAAUGGAAUGCACCCAAAAUCAAAGAGCUCAUUUGAAUGAGUGGAAGGACACUGUAACUAAAUUUAGGAAAGAUGCCAGUGAACGCGAGGUCCUGAGGGACGCUCGAGAUGAGAGGUGGCAGGCUGCAACGCUGGGGCUGCUGCGUGAGCAAACGGACAUGCUCCGGCGUCUGGUGGAGCUUCAGGAAUGGCAGCAGGAUGACAGAGUGCCGCUACAGCCCCUGUAUAACCUCCCUCCCCCCUCACCAUGUUUCAUAUCCUCCUCACCCAGACGUGUAAGAACGCGGGGGGGUAGGCUACGUGCACCUUCCCACUCCACCCCAGCAGCUGCAUGUAGGAUCACCCAUGCCUGGACCUCUGAUGCCACCAGACUCAACCAGGCAACCACUGUUGAAGACCCUUUAUGGAAUGAGUGGGAGCUGUGCUCUCGAACUGGCAAGCCCAAGAAUGACAGCCCCUUCCUAAACAGUCCCACAAUCUGGAACAAGGGGACUCUUACUGGGGGGGUCAUUGAGGAAGAUAUACCUGCAGUGUCUUCACAGGACAGAGUGGUGCAGCACAACAGCCUCACUUACCCCUAUUUGAUCUGUGGACCUUGA